AUGGCGAACAAGCUCUUCCUCGUCUCCGCAACCCUUGCCCUCUUCUUCCUCCUCACCAACGCCUCCAUCUACCGCACCAUCGUCGAGUUCGAAGAUGCCGCCACCAACCCAAAGGGUCCAAAAGACCCACAACAAAAAAUAAAGGAAUGCCGAAAGGAGUUUCAACAAUCAAAGCACCUUGUAGCUUGCCAGGAAUGGAUCCGAAAGCAAGCAAUGCAACAAGGUGGUGGUGGUCAACCCCUCGACGGUGACUUCGAUUUCUACGCCAUCGAAAACCCAAUGGGCCCACAGCAGAGACCUCCCCUACUCCAGCAGUGCUGCAACGAGCUUCACCAGGAAGAGGAGGCUUGCGUUUGCCCAACCUUGAAAAGAGCAGCCAAAGCGGUUAGAUCCCAGGGACAACACGCACCGCAACAAGUGAGCAGCAUCUUCCAGACCGCUAAGCACUUGCCUAGGGUUUGCGAAGUCCAGAGAGUUAGCGUUUGCCCGUUCGACAAGGCCCCUCCUCUCUUCCCUCCCUACUACUAG